AAAAAGAUGUGUAGAAAUUAAUAACUAUCUGUCAAUUUUUUAACACUUGAAAGUGUUGCAAAGGAAUUCAGGGAACACGUUUUCCUGUUGAGUUACCACGGAGUUAAACACUGCAUCGUUAUUUUUUAGUUAGGUUGAUAACAUACUGAUCCACACUCCUUUCCAGUUGGUGGCGGUAAUGCUCGUCGAUGUUGGUGUACAACCGCCAUGAAACCUCAAGAGGAAGACGAAGAAGACCUGCGAUCUAAAUUAUAUCCAAACCCGGUUUCUUCACAGCGGUUCCAAUAUUUUGCACUCUGAUGGAAACACUGCGGUUUACAGAGAGGGAAAAUAGAGAUCCCGCUCUCCUUGUCUCCUCCCUGCACCUGCUGGUUCCUCCACUUCAACUCCUCUCUGCCGCCAUGUGGCAAGUGCUGCAGCAGCAGGUCGUGUUGCAUUAUGGGAAACUGGAGGAGUUUGUGUCUCUGGUGAUGGAGACCUUCCCAGAGCUGCUGAGUGAGAGCCAGAGGACCGAGCUCACUCUGGGGCUGCAGGACAUGUCCCCAGCAGAGACUGGCUGUAAAACUGACCCAGCUCUAGAGGUUCUGUUGUGGGAGUUCCUUUCCAGACUGGAUCAGCUGCUGCCGGUACCAGACCUCAAACAGACAGUGUUCUGGCUCAGUGCUGCCCCCUCUGUCCUGGAGGUCUGUGUGCAGUCUGUUUCUUACCCAGACCAGCUGAAGACCCUUCUCAGGCACCAUAGAAGUCUUGGAAAGUUGGACGUGAAUGGGACACAUCCCUCCAUGGAGGACUACAAGCUGUCCUCUAUGUCCUGCCCUCCCUCUCAAAGUGUGGUGGAUUCUACCAAGCUGACGAACAGCAACAGCCAAUCGGAAUCCAUAACUGACUGCAUGAACUGUUUAAGCCCCGCCUCUUCAGGUGAAGACAUAAAUGCAGAAUCUCUGAUAGACAGCUCAGAUUACACAGGAGUAGAGCCAAAGCCAAGUUUGAACAGAUGUGAAGACACAGAGGAGAAGACAGAGAGGAUGAGUGGAUAUCUGUUGAGCAGAGAGCAAGAAUACAAACUAACCAACAUGAAGGAGGAAGAGGAAGAUGGGGAGAGGCAGAGUGUGAAAAUGGAGUUGGAGGAUGAUGUGAAAGAUGAAGAGAGAGACUGGAAGGAGGAUGGAAAAGAGAGGGAUGAUCAGAGGGAGGGAUGUGCAGCUAUCAAUCAAACUAUCCAAGCUGACAAACUGGUGAAGAACGAGGUAAAAUCAAAACAUGUUCAACAGGAAGAGGAGGAGGUGUCUUCCUUGGUGACUUUCUGUCUGUUGCAACAGCACAGAGAGUGGAUUCCCCAACUAGAAUUUACUAAUGGCUCAGUUCCUGUGCCAUCACCUUUGUCGUCUCAGUUGGAGAGACCCUUGAAACUGCUGCCAUCUUCAUCAGAGAAUGGGAUCUGUGCUGAGGCCUCCCUUAUUUUUCCUGUCAUCUCCCCCAGGAACCAAAACGCAGGACAAGCUGCUGAGGUGUUGUCUCCGGUCUUUGCCUGCUCCCAGUGCCCAUUCGUUCACACAGAGGAAAUGAAUCUUCAGCAGCACAUCGAGAAGGUUCACCCAACAGAGCUCAAAAUGACUCUGAGGUCCCAUCAUCUUCCCAGAAGCACACAACAGCUCCCCAACUCCGCUAAGACACUCCCCACCCUGACACAGUCCCACACAGGCACUCCAGGGGCCCACCCAUGCUCCCAGUGCGGGAAGACCUUCAAAUCAAAAUUUCUGUUGACCACACACAAAGGAAUGCAUAAAAGAGAGCGUCCGCAUCAGUGCUCCCAGUGUGAGAACAGUUUCAGUAGUUCACAUUAUUUAAAGAUACACCAGCGAACCCAUACAGGGGAGCGCCCAUACCCCUGCACCCAUUGUGGGAAGAGUUUUGCUCAAUCAGAUAAACUGAAGGUACACGAGCGAAUUCAUACUGGCGAGCGCCCAUACCGCUGCUCUCAGUGUGGGAAGAGCUUCAUUCAGGCUGAUAAGCUGAACCUACACCAGCGCACUCAUACAGGGGAGCGGCCUUACCACUGCUCCCUGUGUGGGAAGAGUUUCACUCAGUCUAGUACUUUGAAGCAACAUCAGCGAACUCAUACAGGGGAACGGCCUUACCGCUGCUCUUUGUGUGGAGGCAGUUUCACUCAGUCGAGUGCUUUGAAGCUGCAUCAGCGAACUCAUACAGGUGAGCGCCCGUACCACUGCCUGCAAUGUGGGAAGAGUUUCAGCAGCUCAAGUAAACUGAAGCUACACCUGCAAACUCAUACCGGUGAGCGCCCGUACCACUGCUCCCACUGUGGGAAGAGUUUCACUCGUUCGGAUUACCUGGUCAUACACCAGCGUACCCACGUACCAUAGGGCCUGUUUCCCUGCUCCCAGUACAGGGAGAACUUCAAUAAUUCAGUCAUUACCAGGGACAUUCCAGUAUUGUAGUAAGUGUUGAGGUUAAAACGGGUUCCUAUCAAGGACUUGCAAAUUGCCUAGGAUUUAAAAAGUAUUUUCAAUAUUUGGAUGUAAAAAGAAAGCUGAGAAUGAAGUUGAAGUUGAAAACUGGGAGUAUAUGUUCAAACCACAUGUUAUUUUUAUUUCGGAUAAACUUCCCUCCUUAAACUUACACUCUGGUGGUUACCAGAACUAUUGCAGUUUGUUUUGGCGUAUAAUCAAAAUCACCAUUACAAUUACAUGUGCAUAUAUCGGCCCUACAUUACGUUCAUAAACCUGUGACGGUUUAUAAUAUUAUUUCCUUACAUGUACGCUUAUGUUGCAUGUAUGAAUGUUUAUGAAUACGUAUGUGAAGGUAAAAUAGACUGUACUAUUACUAUUUUGAUAAAGACUGGCAAUUAGAAAAAACUUGUGGAAGCUACUUUUCUGUCUGUGAUUGAUUACGGUGACAUAUUGUAUAUGCAUGCAUUUUACGGAGCCUUGAUUCAGUGUACCAUACAUCUCUACGUCUCAUUACAAAUGCGAAGUCCCUUGCUCACCAUUGCAUUCUUUAUGAUUUGGUGGGUUGGACAUCAUUGACCACUUGCAGACAACAGCUCUGGUAUAUUUUUUAUCUCUAAGUGAUACUGGGUAAACUUACAGCUUACCUCUGUACCCUUCUCUGUCUCAGCUCUGGUAGUUACCAGCUACGCUCCUCCAAGUUGUUGCUUUUUAAUGUUCCCCGGGCUUUGACAGAUCUGGGGAAAAUUGAAUUUUCCUACUAUGCACCUUGGGCAUGGAAAAAUCUGCAAAAGAUCUAAAAUUAGACACAUUUAUGUCCUUUGAUGAAUUUAAAUGCAUCAUAAAGAAUGUAGUGACUGAGGCAUGUGGUUGUUUUUCUUGAGAGGCCACUGUGUUUGAAUAGCUGUUCUUCUGUUUUAUUGUGGAUUUUUGUAUAUCAUACUGUGUAUGUUGCAUUUUAAUAUGUUGUGAUUUUGUAUGGCUGCUACCUUGGCCAGGUCUCUCUUGUAAAAUAUAUUUUUGAUCUCAAUGGGACUUCCUGAUAAAAUAAAGGUAAAAUAUGUAAAAUAAA